AAAAUGUCAUUCUCUAUUGUAUUAUAAACUUUUAUGAUUUAAUCAAAAAUUGAUAAUUUUCAUCAUUUGAGUAGAAACGAAGUUUAUAAACGAAGAAAGAAUUGAUAUGAACUCAAAAUAUUUUCAAGCGAUAGUGAAUACAGUACGGAUUUAUUUACGGAAGCUUUAAAAGAAUUGAAAUUUAGAACUACAGGGGUUGAUGUAUAUUGUUGAAUAACAUAUUUUAUUUUACGGUUAAAAAUGACUGUUGAUGUAAACGAAAAUUUGGACGUGAUUUUCGCCGAAAUUGGCAACUUUGGUGCAUUUCAAAUCAUUACUUUUGUCUUAAUUUGCAUUCCAAAUAUAAUUUCAGCAGCUUAUAUUGUGAAUUACGUCUUUACAGCGAAUAGUUUAGAUUAUAGAUGCAAAGUGCACGAAUGUGAUGUGGGUGAAAAUAAUCGUGAGAUAAGCUUUGAUCAGCCGUGGCUUAAAUAUGCAAUACCGCAAACGAAAAAGGGUUACGAAAACUGUGCCCGUUAUGCACCGAUUAUUUCAUCGGCGACAGAUCAAUGUAACGCCAACAACUUCAAUACUUCGAUCAAAAUUGCAUGCACUGAAUUCAUUUAUACAAGCGACGAAAAGAAUGUUCAAACUGAGUUUGAGAUUCAUUGCGAUGAUAGCUAUAAACUGGCCCUAAUUGGAACGGCAAGUAGUAUUGGCCGUCUAGUGUUUUUGCUAAUAUCUGGCAUACUCUCAGACAAAUUCGGAAGGCUUCGUGUUGUUCUAAUAAGUAUGCUAUGUUGCAGUACGUUUGGUUUGAUAAAGUCAUUUUCUGUCAACUAUGCAAUGUAUAUUGUGCUUGAAUUUUUUGAAGGAUCAGCAAACUCCUCUAUAUUUAGUUGUUUCUUCGUGCUUGCUAUUGAACUAUUAAGUUCAAAAUUUCGUGUAUUGGGCAUCGCAUUAAUUGGAGUCACAUAUCCACUUGGCGAAAUACUUUUAGGAGUCCUUGCGAUGUACAUUCAUGAUUUUCGUCAUUUGCUUCGUGUUCUUUAUGCGCCUGGAUUACUUGUGAUUCUAUAUUUUUGGCUGGUGCCGGAAAGCAUCCGAUGGCUUUUGGUGACUGGUCGUGUCGAUCAGGCUAUAAAAAUUCUCCAGCGAGUUGCCAAAGUGAAUAGACGAACAUUGAGUGAAAAGUCAAUCGAACAGCUCCGCUUGCAAUAUUCACCGGAAAUCAAAAUGAAUGCCACCAAUGAUGACAAAACAGUUAAUAGUAUGUCAAUAUUUCAACAAACGAAAUUGGUACUUGCAUCUCGAAAACUUGGACUACGGUUGUUAAAUUGUUGUUAUCUAUGGUUUACGUGCUGUUUUUACUACUAUGGAAUGAGCCUUAUUUCGACGCAUAUACCAGGCACCAAUCGAUACGUUGGAUUUAUCAUUGUACAAGCCGUUGAAAUUCCGGGUGCAAUUUUAUCAGUUAUUUUGCUCACAAAAUGCGGACGCAAGAAAUUGUUAUUUGGAUCAAUGGUAUUGUCUGGUUUUGUAGUUUUGGUGGCUCCAUUUAUUCCAUUUGAAAAAUCAAUUAUUACGUUGUUACUGUUUAUGAUUGGCAAAUCUGCGAAUGCAUUCGCGUUCAAAGUGUUAUACAUAUUUACAGCCGAGCUUUGGCCAACCAAUAUACGUGGAACCAUAAUGAAUAGUUGCUCGAUGGUUGGCAAAAUAGGAUCGGUAUUUGCAACAUUUAAUAGCUUCUUGAUUACAAAAAGUCCAUUCGUACCAUUUUUACUGUUUGGCGGCACGGCCAUUGUUGCGGGUGUUUUAGUUCUUUUGUACCCUGAAACAUACGCCAAAAAAUUACCAGACACAGUCGAAGAAGUCAAGAAUCUCUAAUUUUUAUUCAUUUGUUUCUUUAGUUUAAAAUGAAUUCCAUUUCAAAUAUUGUUAAA